AUGUCUAAAUAUCCUGUUGUUAUAUCAACUGCUCAUUCCAAUUCGACUCGUUUUCGUCUUGUCGAACAGAUUCGAUUAAAUGAUGAAUUCGAUAGAUGGGAAUAUGAUCAUUUACGUGGUCUGUUUGAUUUAGAACUUGAACCUCAUGUUAGCAACACUCGAUUUCCAACUCGAUGGCAGUUAGCUAAUAAUGUAUCGAUCUACUGUCGCAUCAAAACAAUCAAUAACAAUGAACAAAAAACAUCAUCGUCACAUUUCAAUAGAUUACAUACGGACUCACUCGACACAUUUGUACAGAAUGUUUGUGCACAAGAGAACAAUAGUCGAAGCAAUGAUUGGUUAAAAGCACUCAGAGAUGCAGAUAUAGUUCAUUUUGAACAUUUGACCAGUCUAGAUAGAACAGAAUGGGAUAGAAUUCCAGGAUUGACCGUCAAUGCAAAGCGAAUAUUGAGAGCAGCAGCUGAUCGACAUCGAACAAGUACUGUUGGCGGACAACGUCAACAAAUUACAAAUAAUACUAAAGAUGAAAAUACAGAAGAGAUCGAAGCUCUUACUAUAUCAGAGAAUUUAGCAAUUUCCGAUUCUGAACUUUAUGCUAAUCUGCAUUUAAUUAAACUAUAUGUGUGGCAUAUAUUAUGUGAUCAACCAGAAGUAAAACGAUUUGGCAAUUUAGCUAAACUUGAAACAAAAUGUUUAGAUGAAGCAUUUAAAGAAAUGCAAUCUGAAGGUUUUGUCGACGAUGGUUUAUUUUCGAGAAUGAAAGAAUUUUUUCUUCCACUUACUAUCUCUCAACAAGAGUUGCAUUUACAUUGGUCAUCGGAUGGACAUAUUCAACGUGGUACUGGUAAAUCAGAUAUAUUGAGUAAAUUGGCAAAAAAGAUGGGUAUAGUAAUGAUAAGUCCACCAUUAGCAGCUGGUGAAUUGAAUCGACCACUUGUUGGAGAAAGUGAACGCAUAAUAAUUGCAUUAUGUUCACGUUGUGAUCAAAUACCUUAUGCUAUGUGUUGUGUAUCAAUUGAUGAAAUUGAUUCAUUAGCACCGAAACGUAAUCAAGAUUCGAGUGAAGGCAAAGUAGAUAAGAUCUCUGUGCUUUUAUCUCUGAUUGAAGGCAUCAAAGAUAUACCAAAUCUAAUGAUCUUAAGUGCUACUAAUCGUUUACAUAUGAUGGAUGAAGCAUUUUUACGUCGUAUGUCAGGCAAAUUUUUUGUUGGUCGUCCAUCAUCGAAUGCACGUCUUAGUAUCCUUCGAAAAAUACCUUUUUGGGCACUGGAACCAGAAGUACUCGAUCGACUUUCAAUUGCUACAACAAACUUUAGUGGAGCUGCUGUCAAAGCAUUGACUCGUGCAAUCACUGUUAAAUGUAUUAAAAUGAAAUUUUCGGAACCGAUGGCUGAAAUUGAAGCACUUCAACUAGCCGAUCUUAUAGCUCAACAAUAUCAAGUAUUUAUUGGUAGUGAAACAUUACCUCGUUUACUUUUACGUAAUCAACUUACUGAAACUAAUCAUCAUAUUCAUCAAUUACCACCAAGUUUGAAGUAUACAGGACGUAUGAUUGUUGACGUACAAAAUCAACGUAUACGUAUCGAAGUAAUUACAAAAAAAGCUAAUACAAACAAUAAUCAAUUAUCAAUUGUUGAACGUAAAUUAUAUCCAAAUGAAACUAAUAUUCAGACUUUACUUGAACGUUUAACAGCAUAUGGAAAGAGUCGUAAUGUUCAACUUCUUCAAUUAAUUGAUCUUAAUUUACUUGCUUCACAAGGUGCUUAUGAUGAAAGAAAAGUCUAUGAAACAUUAAAAGAUCGUUAUGAUGAAUGUGUUUCUUAUUCACGUUCAAUGAUUGUCUAUGAUCUAGAUGCAUUAGUCGGUAUAAAUAAAUCACAAUCAUAUUCGAAUAUAGGUCAAUCAAUUUCGUGUUCAGUACACAAUCAAAGUAUAUAUACAUAUGUACUUGCGCGAUUUCGUGAUCGAGCUAUGGAAAAUAUUCAAGAAGAUAAAAUUGAUAAUGUUGAACGAUGGGCAAUAGCUGUAAUUCGUGAACCAUUUCUUUUACGUCAAUUUGCUGAAGAGGCACAAUUUCCACGUACAUAUCAAGAACAAGAAGAAUUAGAAUUGGAAAGACGCAUGGCUGAAGAACUUAUCAAAUGUGUCAAAUGUAAAGAUUUUUAUACUGAAAAUGAAAAUCGUCUGGGUAGUUGCAUUCAUCAUGACGGUUUUGUCUAUGACAAUGCAACAACCGAUCUUACAAUAUAUGCUCCAAGUGAUGCAGCUAAGAUAUUAAAUAGACUUGAACAUAAGGCUCUCAAUGAUGCUAAUCAACGUAACGAAUAUGAACGGCAAAAAACAAGAUUCAAAUGGAUUUGUUGCGAUGAACCAUUUACAACUAUAUAUAAAGGUGGUUGUAAGAAAGGUAAACAUGGAUUUUUUCUCAAUGGAAAUGAGCCAUCAGGUCGACAAGUAACUAAUAAGAAAAUCAAUCGACGUGAACAGGCAACGAUUGAACAAUGGGAAGACUUUUGUUGUGCUAAUGAAGAAUAUGAUGUAAAAUGGCAGUCAUUAUUGAAUGAUAGAAUAUUUUCAAUUUCUCGAACAAAUAUUUAUCUACUUAAAGGAGAAUGUGAAUUCGAAAAUAUCGAUCUACUUGAAACUGGCUGCAACGUAAGUGAAGAUAAUUGGAUGAAGACUUUUUAA